CGCGAAUUGGCGUUCCCAAGUUUUCUUUUUUUUGCCGACAAGCGCCUGAUGAACCACACCAUAAAAACUUUAAAAGUUCGCCAUCUGGAUGAGUGUGAGUUGAGGUGUUACUACGAGCACAAUUGUGUCAGCCUUAAUUUUGAAAACAAAAUGGUUGGAAAUGGAAAAUACAGCUGUGAAUUGAACAAUUCUACACACGGAGAACACGAUGAAGACUUUGUGGAGGCAUCAAAUUUCCUUUAUCGUGGAACAAACGUAAGAUCAUUAAAUUCUAACGUUAUCCAGCUACAGUCUCCGAGCCUAUUAAUACCAUAACCCAACGCCUCGUCCAAAGGGAAACGGCUGGAGCUCACUCUUUUGGGCUUGACUGAGUUACAAUAUUUUGCAAAGAUCAAAAAGUAAGGAGAUAGUUUCUGUUUGUGAUAACUGCACGGGAUGAUGUGAAUAUUAUGGAAUUUGACGCGCUGAGGGCCAGGUACGUCAUUUAUGAUGGCAGCCGAGUUGGCCGUCAUAUUGGAUGUCAUUGAAAAUUCAGAUUUAUCGCAAUGGACUAAACGCAAACCAUCUUUCUUUUGAACCCUCCCCCCCCCCCGACUAAAUCUGACACCUACACUAGGUCUCUUCCUUUCGCCAGCCAUUCUCAUUUACUCUCUGAAACGCAAGUUUUUCUCCCUAGACAGUUUUGUUUCAACUGUAGCCGUUUUUCAGAAAUUUCACUUUAUUAUUAUUUUAAGAUCGAAAAUUUUUGUUAUUACCUCUUAAACUGCAAGUGCCUCCCAAAAGAAAGAGUUUUUUGCUACUUAAAUAACAUGAACAAUUCAAUUUAACUUGUUAAACACCUUACAACAACGCGCCCUUAUGUAUGUAAGACGGGCUAAUCCCUAAACCCGACGCUUAGAGUUGGGCUCGGACUGACAAUCUUUACUCAUUUUCCUUGAAUCAUGAUAAGGCGGACACCUCUAGCAAAGGUUUAGAAAGGCUCAGAAGCAUAAAGCAAUAUCUCUUUUCCAUAAUAUUUUCCCCAGAAUCCUUGUGGUAGUUCUCCAUGCAAAAAUAACGGGACUUGUCAAUCAGGAUUUACCAAGAAAGGAUAUCACUGCUUGUGUCGUCGAGGCUGGACAGGUGCAAACUGCCAAAUGGGUAGGUCUGAAAAAUGGACUUAA